AUGAAAAAUACGGGAACUUGAAUGGAUUUAGAGGUAAAAGGAGUGGCUACUUCUCCUAGGAGCCAAUCUCAGCUACUCCUGAGAAGAAAGAAGCCACUACAACAAGGAUGGGUUUCCAGAUCAUGGGCAACUCCGAAUCCCUACUCACCUAUGGUCCCACCACUUGAUUUGGGAAGCCUUGUGAGCUCUGAUGAUGAGGAUGAUUUUUCAUAUAUUCCACUUAAUAUGGUGCAUAAUCAUUUUAACCCACCAAAGUCAUCUGCUCUUGGUUGGGUCUCACCAGGUCAAAUACCAUACGCUCAGCAUCAUCUAAAUGAACUGGAACAGGACAUAAUACCUGAAAAUUUGCCAUCACCAACAGGCAAAUACAAGCUAAAAUAUCAACCAUAUAAAACUGAAAUGAAAGAGGGAUAUACACAAUAUAGUCAGAGAAGUUCAGAAAAGACAAAAUCAAAUAUCACACAUCAACAGCCUUCAAGAAACAAGACUGAUGAAAAGGGUGAAGAAAACAGUUUGGAUGACCUCACAACUCUGGAUAGGAAAGCCCUCUUGCAGAGUGACUAUGUGCACAACUCUCAACAUGUACAGCACAACGCAAGGAAAUCAGAUGCGGAAAUUGUGGCUGCAGAGAAGAAGAAACAGACCGUCACAGAGCAAAUGAUGAUCGACCACUUAUCUAGGGCUGUCAUCAGUGAUCCAGAGCAAAAUGUAACCACUGAGAAACAAGAAACUACUCAUCCUCUUCGACUUAGGAAAAGAACACUACAUGAAACAAAGAUAAGAACCCACUCUACAUUAACUGAAAAUGUGCUUUCUCAUAAAGUACAAUUUGAUGGUAGGAUCAUAUCGAGAAAUGGACGUGAGGCCUGCCGAGAACUUAUUGGGUUCUUUUUCACUCAUGACCAGUCUCUGACAAUGUAUGAGUAUCGGCAAUUUGGGAAAAACAGAACAAAUGUGCUUCCUUUUAUUCAAAAAAACAUUUAUAGUCAUCAGAGUGGACGAAGAAAAGGAAAACCAUACCAACUUGGUGAUUUUUAUACUGGUGCAACCUUGACAUUUUUGACCUCUGAUCACCCAAGCCUUCCAGAAAGCAUGAAAGAAAACUCAAUACUUAGACUUCGAAUCACCAAUAUUGAUCAAAUAGCUUUGGAUUCUCUGAAAACUACUUCAGUGGAAUAUGAAAAUGAUAUAAUCAAUCAAGAAGCCAAUGAUAGGCUGGUCUUCAAGACCAUUCAAGAUGUGCUAAAAGAAAAACUACGUAAAAGAGGUGUUCGUAUUUUGACUGGAUUGGGAAAACACUUUCAACAAUUGGACAAGGAAGGAAAUGGGCUUUUAGAUAAGGCAGAUUUGAAGCAAGCUCUGAAAGUUUUUCAUUUAGAAGUGUUGGAAGAGGAUUUUGAGUCUUUGUGGCUGAUUCUGAGUGGCAGUGGUGAUGGCGAGGGCAAGGACAAGGACAAGGUAGAUUAUGGAGAAUUCAAACGUGCCAUUAUUGGUGAAAUGAAUGAAUACAGGAAAUCAUUUGUUCGAAAGGCUUUUAUGAAACUGGAUUUCAACAAAACUGGCAUUGUGACUCUCACAGACAUAAGAAAAUGUUAUUGUGCCAAGAAGCAUCCUCAAGUAAUUUCAGGCCAUUCCACAGAGGAAGAAAUCAAAUCAUAUUUUCUAGAAACAUUAAAGGCCAUCUGCAGCAAGUCUGAUGAAGUAUCAUAUGGUGAAUUUGAAGAUUACUACGAAGGUCUAAGCAUAGGGAUAGCAGAUGAUGCAGAUUUUGUUAACAUCUUACGUAUUCCAUGGGGAAUUUAG